CCUCACAUUCGGGGUAAGUUAUACAAAUUGUUUUAUAAUUUCAUUUUCAAGUUUAUUGUUGCUUUCCUCUUUAUAAACACUUUCUUUUAUCAAGAAUCGCAUUUUAUUAUCACACUGAGCAGGUCCACAGGUGUACUUCAUCUGAUGGAAGGCUGCUCGAGAUUUACCAAUGCGGGUUCUGACAUCUGCAUCUGUUUCUCCAUGGUGUUCUAGGAUACUGCCGAGUGACCAGCGGAUGGAAAGGUGCAGGGUUUGAACAGAUGACGAUCAUGAAGACAGUCCAAAGCCCAUACCAAAUGGCCAUUUAGUGAUUCAUUGCAAUAAGUCCUCAAAGAUCUGUGUGUGUAUAACAUGACUUUUAAACUAACUAGUUAAAGAUGACUAGUGAAUGUGAUGACAUGGACAUUGACAGUGGUGUCAGUGACAUGACAGAAACAGAAAGCGUUAGCAGUGUCACCUCCAGCUCCAAUAAUAUAGGUACUACACCUGGAAAUGUAAUUAUGGACGAUUCAGAAGUACGAGGUGCUGAGUCUACCCCUCUAAACAAAGCAGAGUCAAACAGUUCUCUGUUGAGUCAAGAUAGUGAAAUAGAAAGUGGAUCAAGUUUCCCAGCAUCAAGUGUCGUAAUGGGCAGAUCAGCAUCAAUCAGUUCUAUGUUAGAUCCAGAAAGUGAAACAGAAAGUAGAUCAGAUUCUCCAGCAUCAAGUAAAGUAAUAGGCCAAGCAGCGUACAACAGGUUUAUGCUGAGUCAAGAUAGUGAAAUAGAAAGUAGAUCAAGUUCCCCGGCAUCAAGUGUCAUAAUGGACAAAGGAGCACCAGACAGUACUCUGUUAGGUCCAGAAAGUGGAACAGAAAAUAUAUCUGAUUCUCCAGCUUCAAGUAAAGUAAUGGGCCAAGCAGCGUACAACAGGUCUGUGCUGAGUCAAGAUAGUGAAAUAGAAAGUAGAUCAAGUUCCCCAGCAUCAAGUGUUGUAAUGGGCAGAUCAGCAUCAAUCAGUUCUAUGUUAGGUCCAGAUAGUGGAACAGAAAAUAUAUCUGAUUCUCCAGCUUCAGGUAAAGUAAUGGGCCAAGCAGCGUACAACAGGUCUGAGCUGAGUCAAGAUAGUGGAAUAGAAAGUAGAUCAAGUUCCCCAGCAUCAAGUGUUGUAAUGGGCAGAUCAGUAUCAAUCAGUUCUAUGUUAGAUCCAGAAAGUGAAACAGAAAGUAGAUCAGAUUCUCCAGCGUCAAGUAAAAUAAUAGGCCAAGCAGCGUACAACAGGUCUGUGCUGAGUCAAGAUAGUGGAAUCGAAAGUGGAUCAAGUUCCCCAGCAUCAAGUGUUGUAAUGGGCAGAUCAGCAUCAAUCAGUUCUAUGAUAGAUCCAGAAAGUGAAACAGAAAGUAGAUCAGAUUCUCCAGCGUCAAGUAAAAUAAUAGGCCAAGCAGCGUACAACUGGUUUAUGCUGAGUCAAGAUAGUGGAAUAAAAAGUGGAUCAAGUUCCCCGGCAUCAAGUGUCAUAAUGGACAAAGGAGCACCAGACAGUACUCUGUUAGGUCCAGAAAGUGGAACAGAAAAUAUAUCUAAUUCUCCAGCUUCAAGUAAAGUAAUGGGCCAAGCAGCGUACAACAGGUCUGUGCUGAGUCAAGAUAGUGAAAUAGAAAGUAGAUCAAGUUCCCCAGCAUCAAGUGUUGUAAUGGGCAGAUCAGCAUCAAUCAGUUCUAUGUUAGAUCCAGAAAGUGAAACAGAAAGUAGAUCAGAAUCUCCAGCGUCAAGUAAAAUAAUAGGCCAAGCAGCGUACAACAGGUCUGUGCUGAGUCAAGAUAGUGGAAUCGAAAGUGGAUCAAGUUCCCCAGCAUCAAGUGUUGUAAUGGGCAGAUCAGCAUCAAUCAGUUCUAUGUUAGAUCCAGAAAGUGGAACAGAAAGUAGAUCAGAUUCUCCAGCAUCAAGUAAAGUAAUGGGCCAAACAGCGUACAACAGGCCUGUGCUGAGUCAAGAUAGUGGAAUCGAAAGUGGAUCAAGUUCCCCAGCAUCAAGUGUUGUAAUGGGCAGAUCAGCAUCAAUCAGUUCUAUGUUAGAUCCAGAAAGUGGAACAGAAAGUAGAUCAGAUUCUCCAGCUUCAGGUAAAUUAAUGGGCCAAGCAGCGUACAACAGGUCUGAGCUGAGUCAAGAUAGUGGAGUCGAAAGUGGAUUAAGUUCCCCAGCAUCAAUUGUUGUAAUGGGCAGAUCAGCAUCAAUCAGUUCUAUGUUAGGUCCAGAUAGUGGAACAGAAAAUAUAUCUGAUUCUCCAGCUUCAGGUAAAAUAAUAGGCCAAGAAGCGUACAACUGGUUUAUGCUGAGUCAAGAUAGUGGAAUAAAAAGUGGAUCAAGUUCCCCGGCAUCAAGUGUCAUAAUGGACAAAGGAGCACCAGACAGUACUCUGUUAGGUCCAGAAAGUGGAACAGAAAAUAUAUCUGAUUCUCCAGCUUCAAGUAAAGUAAUGGGCCAAGCAGCGUACAACAGGUCUGUGCUGAGUCAAGAUAGUGAAAUAGAAAGUAGAUCAAGUUCCCCAGCAUCAAGUGUUGUAAUGGGCAGAUCAGCAUCAAUCAGUUCUAUGUUAGAUCCAGAAAGUGAAACAGAAAGUAGAUCAGAUUCUCCAGCGUCAAGUAAAAUAAUAGGCCAAGCAGCGUACAACAGGUCUGUGCUGAGUCAAGAUAGUGGAAUCGAAAGUGGAUCAAGUUCCCCAGCAUCAAGUGUUGUAAUGGGCAGAUCAGCAUCAAUCAGUUCUAUGUUAGAUCCAGAAAGUGGAACAGAAAGUAGAUCAGAUUCUCCAGCUUCAGGUAAAGUAAUGGGCCAAGCAGCGUACAACAGGUCUGAGCUGAGUCAAGAUAGUGGAAUCGAAAGUGGAUUAAGUUCCCCAGCAUCAAUUGUUGUAAUGGGCAGAUCAGCAUCAAUCAGUUCUAUGUUAGGUCCAGAUAGUGGAACAGAAAAUAUAUCUGAUUCUCCAGCUUCAGGUAAAGUAAUGGGCCAAGCAGCGUACAACAGGUCUGAGCUGAGUCAAGAUAGUGGAAUAGAAAGUAGAUCAAGUUCCCCAGCAUCAAGUGUUGUAAUGGGCAGAUCAGUAUCAAUCAGUUCUAUGUUAGAUCCAGAAAGUGAAACAGAAAGUAGAUCAGAUUAUCCAGCGUCAAGUAAAAUAAUAGGCCAAGCAGCGUACAACAGGUCUGUGCUGAGUCAAGAUAGUGAAAUAGAAAGUGGAUCAAGUUCCCCAGCAUCAAGUGUCGUAAUGGACAAAGGAGCACCAGACAGUACUCUGUUAGGUCCAGAAAGUGGAACAGGAAAUAUACCUGAUUCUCCAGCUUCAAGUAAAGUAAUGGGCCAAACAGCGUACAACAGGCCUGUGCUGAGUCAAGAUAGUGGAAUAGAAAGUGGAUCAAGUUCCCCAGCAUCAAGUGUCGUAAUUGGCAAAUUAUCAUCAAUCAGUUCUAUUUUAGUUCCAGAAAGUGGAACAGAAAGUAGAUCAGAUUAUCCAGCGUCAAGUAAAAUAAUAGGCCAAGCAGCGUACAACAGGUCUGUGCUGAGUCAAGAUAGUGAAAUAGAAAGUGGAUCAAGUUCCCCAGCAUCAAGUGUCGUAAUGGACAAAGCAGCAUCAAUCAGUUCUGUUUUAGGUCCAGUAUGUGGUCCAGAAAGUAUAUCAGAUUUUCCAGCAUCAAGCGUAGUAAUGGGUAAAGCAGCCUCAAACAGUUCUGUGUUAGAUCCAGAAAGUGGAAUAGAAAGUAGAUUAGAUACUCUAGCAUCAAGUGAAGUAAUAGGCAAAGCAGCGUACAACAGCUUUGAGCUUCAUCAAGAUAGUGAAAAAGGAAUAGGGUCAAGUUCUCCAGCAUCAAGCGUAAUAAUGGGUAAAGCAUCGUCAAACAGUUCUGUGUUGAUUCCAAAACCAAAAAGUAGAACAGGAAGUGGAUUCGAAUCCGUAGCAUCAAGGGUAGUAAUGGGUAAUACAGCGUCAAACAAUUCUGUGUUGAGUCCAGAAAGUAGAAAAGGAAGUGGAUCAGGCUCUCCAGCAUCAAGCGUAAAAGAGAGUAAAGCAGCGUCAAACAGUUCUGUGUUGAGUCUAGAAAGUGAAAAAGGAAGGAAAUUAGAGUCCCUAGCAUCAAGUGUAGUAAUGGGCAAAGCAGAGUCAAUAGGGUCUAUGAUAAGUCAAAAUAGUGGAAUCGGAAGUGGAUCAGGAAGUGGAAAGGAAAUGAAACUUGGUGUGCCAUUGCCUAUGGAGCGUAACUACUUGAAGACGAAAACCCAAGAAUGGAUUGAAAUGCAUUUUGAAGUAUUCGUGAAAACUCUGGAUGGUAAAACUUUGACCAUACAAGUUGAAGAGCAUGAAGAAGUCACAAGCUUCAGGAAGAAAGUUCAGGAGAAGACAAACGUGGAAGCAAGUCAGCAAUACCUUCACACAGCCAAUGGGAGGAAACUGCAAGACGGAGAAAGACUCAGCAAAUACAAUAUUCAGAAACAUUCCACCAUUUACUGUGAGUGGAGACUCAGGGGAGCCUAAAAAUUUUAGAGAUAAAAGUUUCUUUAACAUUGUCUACAAGUAACAUGAAAAUAUAUACGCUUUAAUUUAAAACAAAAAUAAACAAAACAACCUAACAUCAAUUCAAUCUUUUAUUGAUACACAGGAAACAAUACUUCUAUAUUGAAAUUUUAAUUUAUAUUAGAACUAGCUGAUAUUACCCGCGGUAUGCGGGCCUUAUUUUGCUUACUAAUAAUGUAAUGAAUUGGCUAUAUAUCUAUGUCCAACGUAACAAAUGUUUCUUCAAAGGUUUUUCUUCGCCACGAAAAUGAAAGUGGAUUGCGAAAAUGGGGCUACCCGCUAAGCCGAUACAUGCAUAUCAUGUAUGUGAUAAUGUUGAAACGGGAUAAGGUUUCUUUCUUUAAUAGAGAUUAUUUAGCUAUAAAAACGAGUAUACCCUAUUUGUCCCCAAAGUUUCGUUCUUAAAGAGAAAUAUAUAUAUAUAUAUAUAUAUAUAUAUAUAUAUAUAUAUAUAUAUAUAUAUAUAUAUAUAUAUAUAAUUUUUUAGGGCUUUGGAUUGUACAUUAAACAUAUACUACAAUACACGUUGUAUCAAGAUAGGUCAAACGGUUUAGAUUUCUAUUCGGGACAUACAUACAUACAAACAUACAUAAAUACAUACAUAAAUAUAUAAAUAUAAGGCUUGUUUCGAGUCAGAAGAUAAGUGAGGGAUGCAGUAUUUCCAGUGGCUGCACAGCCCCAGCAGUGACCUACAUUUUUUGCCACACCUAGGGCAAGAAUGCUUACAUACAUACAUACAUCAACUUAUUUUCUGCUUUAUAUUUUAGAUAUGCGUUUUAAAUGGUAACAUUUGCAUACAUAAACAAUUUCAAGUAAAAGCAGAGCAAAUAUAUUCUCUUAGCUAAGAGUAUUAUAUAAGUUAAAUCUAAUUAUAUAUUUGGCUAAUAGAGAAUAAGUAAUUAUAUGUAAGUUGUGAUUACAUUUACUAGCUGUGUUAGACAAGUAAAUGGCAAUCUUUGGGUCAGUGUUGUUGCAGAGUUCUGAACGCAAGGAGCUAGAAAAUAAUAAGAUGGAGAGUUGUUCCUUUUCGACACGUUUUGGUUUGACGUCAUUACAGAUUUGUUUAGUAUUAAGUUUAAACCUUGUUUAUUGUAUUUUAAAUAAUUCCUUAUGUCUUCACAUCUAUGAUAGACCUAAACUCGUGUUCUAAGCUCACUACAGGAAUACUUGAUAUUUUUAAAAUCAUUAUGUAAUCAAACGUUCUAAGCUUUGUAGUAAUAUACUAUGUACAAAUCUCGUGUCCUUUUUUAAAAGAAAUGAGCCAUGGAUUGAUUAUAAACCUAUUUUGUUACUUAUGUAACGAAUUAUAUAUUUUUCUAUGUGUGCUGUAGUUGAUUUAUAAACGCAAACACAACUAAUUCAUUUUUAUAAUAACUUGAUUUUAUAACAUAUUUAAAUUUUUAUUUUACAAAAUAUAUCAAUGUAUAUUUUUUCCUUUUUUUUCAUUAAAAAUCGAAAUUUAA